GUUUGCAUUGGCUUAUCAUCUUGUCAACUUUUCUUCAGAACAUUGAAGUGAAUGCACAGUCAUGGCUCUCUUUGAAAUUUGCGGAAUUAAUUCUCGUUCAAACUUCAAAAGCACUGAAAAUGACGAACUAGAAGGCGUUAUGACGUCUCUAAACACCAUUGGGAACCCUUGUCAAUUAGCCUUGCCACCAUUGGGUUGCCCAAGUAACACAUACAGCAAGAACCCUGUUGAUGAAAAUGGCAGAGAAAUGAAGAUAAACUAUGAUCAUGGUACCACAACACUUGGUUUUAAAUACCAGGGAGGAAUUGUCCUUGCUGUAGAUUCUCGAGCAACUGGAGGACAAUACAUUGGAUCUGGCUCAGUGAAAAAAAUCAUUGAAAUCAAUGACUUUUUACUUGGAACUAUGGCUGGUGGUGCUGCUGAUUGCACUUAUUGGGAGCGUGUCCUUUCAAAGCAGUGCAGACUUUAUGAACUUCGCAACAAAGAACGUAUUUCUGUGGCUGCUGCAUCUAAACUGCUUGUGAACAUGGUAUAUAACUACAAAGGCAUGGGACUUAGUAUGGGAGUCAUGAUUGCAGGGUGGGACAAAAAGGGUCCUGGUUUGUACUAUGUUGAUAAUGAUGGAACCAGAACUCCAGGGCAGGUAUUUUCUGUUGGAUCAGGAUCACUUUAUGCAUAUGGUGUGCUUGAUUCUGGCUACAGAAAUGACCUUACAGAUGAAGAGGCUUAUGAACUGGGUCGUAGAGCCAUCUAUCACGCAACCUAUCGUGAUGCUAGCAGCGGUGGUAUUAUUCGAGUGUAUCACAUUAAGAGUACCGGAUGGGUCAAAAUUUCUGAACAAGAUUGCACGGAGCUUCAUUAUCAGUACGAAGAAGCUGAGCGUAAAUCCAAAUAAUUUUUUUUCCCAUUUUCAUACAAUCUGAACAUCUUCAUUAACAAAUAAGAAAUACAUUGAAUGAAACCCUA